CACUACCACACUCGACAUUGCACUACCUAGCUUAACAAAAAUGGCGAGGUCAUCAUUCAGCCUGGUUUUCGCCGCGGUGUUGCUUUGCGCAGCCCUUGCCGGUACGGCUUACGCACAGAGUGCUUCGAACGCGAGGGCAACCUACCACCUGUAUAAUCCUCAGCAGCACAACUGGGACCUGAAUGCCGUGAGCGCUUACUGCGCCACGUGGGAUGCGAACAAGCCGCUCGCCUGGCGGCAGAAGUAUGGGUGGACCGCCUUCUGUGGACCUGUCGGGCCUCGGGGCCAGGCUUCCUGCGGAAGAUGCCUCAGGGUGACAAACACGAGGACGAGAGCUCAGGCAACGGUGAGGAUUGUCGAUCAGUGCAGCAAUGGAGGCUUGGAUCUGGAUGUGAACGUUUUCAAUCAACUGGACACUGACAGGAAUGGGUAUGCGCAGGGCCAUCUCACCGUGAACUAUGAGUUCGUGCAAUGUUAGAGAGUUUAUGCUGAAGAAUAUAUUAUAAACUCUCUCGCUAUCACUAUAUACUCAAAAUAAUGUCAUGGAAGACACUUUAAUAAGAAUGAGGGUUUAAUCGAUCGUACCAACAUGAAAAGUUUGUCCCCUUCGAGUAUACUCGAAAAAUUUUCCUCU